AUGGCCGAAAAUUGCACCGAAAUCUUUCUGUCGAUUGCACUGUUAGAAAUCGGACUCCAACUUUACACCGAAAAUGAUGAGGAUGGUGUUAUCAUUGAAGAGGACACCUUCGAAUAUUUCGAAACAAAGGUCAUUUCUGUAAUGAAAAGGAUAGAAUUUAAUCAAGAUUUGACGAUGAAAGAAACCCAAGAUGUUCAGGUAUUGCUUGACAGCAAUAUUAUUAGUAAUCUUGCUUUUCUCGACAGUAGCAAUGAAUUAUUGGAAAGUCCUACAAAUCAAUCUAACCUUUUAAAUAAACAUUCUUCUGGAAAUCAGUUUAGCAAGAGAAAUGAACUGGACUCUGAAAUUCAAGAAUCACAACUUGUUCAAUUUAAUCUUAAAGAAGAAAUUGAAAGCAUUCCAGGGGGAAUAGAGAUAAUUGAAGAGUACAAUAAAAGCAAAGAUUUUGAUACAAGAAGCCGUCGACAAUUAGUUAACAUUACUGUUCAAAUUAUGUUGUCAAAAUGUGGACAAACAAUUCCGAAAAGUAUAAAAAUGCAAUAUGCAAAUGAACUGGUAAAACUUUUUCCCACAUUAAAAGACAAGUAUUCUGAAUACGGUUAUGAAGCAUUUUUUAAUCCAAAAACAGGAUUGGGAUUCUUUACUUAUCGUAUAAAAACCGUUAAUAGAAAUACAGAUGGCAAAAAAGGCAAACCAAAAACUGUUAUGCCGGCAAUCGAGAUUAAUGAAAAUAUUCCAUUAUUUGUCUCUGAAGAAGAAUUGCAGGAAAAUUUGAAUUUUAUUCAAACAGCUGAUCCAAAAACGCGAAAAGAAGAAAUUGUAAAAGCAAUGAAAGUAACUUUCUCUAUGCGAAGAAAUAAUUCGAUCGAAAUUUUGAAUAAAUUUCCGCGCUUCUUGGAUACACCUGGCUUAAUAAACCUUGAUUUUUCAUUAAUGCACCCAAAUUUGCAAAUGAAGAAUUUCCCUUCUACGCAAAUAUUAGAGAUUUUUAGUAAAAGUACAAGUUCACAAGAAGCUAAAAAGAAAAAAACUGAUGCAGAUAUUUCAGAUUGGAGUGAGGAUAUUCAAGCUGUUUUAACUUUACUAAAACAAUUACCUCCAUCCAGUAGAGGACGAAAAAAAGAUAUUUCUGGACCCGUUGCUGAUAAUCCACACAAAUUAAUUACCUUCUCUAAGGCAUGUUUCGGAUGUUUAUCUCCAUAUUAAGAAUUUAUUUGAAGGAAAAACAAAUUAUUGAUUUGUGAGUUAUAAUUAUUGUUAUGUUUUUCAGACUGGAACUAUUUUGGAAAAUGUGAAGUUAUAUACUUCUCAACCAUGUUUAGUAGCAGUCGGCCAACGGAAAAAUCUGAUUAAUAGCUAUUUCAUUGCAUUUGAAGAAUAUUUUAUCCCAGCUGUAGCUAAUAAUGCUAUAGAUGCAUUAGACGAAUUAUUCAAAAGUCAUUUUGUUUUCAACACGAGUUACGAUAACAAUUUAAAGAACUUUUAUCACUUCGUCGAGUAUGUGUUUUAUGGAUUAAAUCAAAAUAACGGGUUGACUCCUACAAUGCAAGAGAUUCGUAGAAAGCUUGCGAUUGAGAAUUAAUUUUUUCUAACAGAUUACAAAUAAUCUUGUUUUUAUUUUAAAUUUUAAAUCCAGUUUUACCUGAAAGUUUAGUUGGUAUAAAUGCCAGUUCCUUUAAAUUGUUUUCUGUGAUUUAAACAGUAUUGAGAAUUUAAGACUGUUUUAAUUUUCU